GAUUGUACACACUUUGCUUUCUGCUUUCAUUCUUAUACCGGGUGUCCAUUCAGCUUCAUGCUGUUCGGAGAGCUUUGGCCGCGCACUGAUAAUAAAACUUGAGGUAUGACAUGUAUGACCAAGAAUUCCAGGAUAAUAGGCGACCUCAGUCUUCACAAAGUCAAAGUAAUCUUCCGAAAUUGAACUUCAAUUACGAUAAUGGAAAUAGCACAAAGUCAAUCUCUCAGCUUCCCUCUCAAUCUGCUCAUUUCGGAUUGCCAAUACGCCCUUCACAUCCUGCAGGACACCCAACUUCAACGCCGAGGCCAGGCAGUCGGCCAUCGUCGUCGGCGUCGGUGACAAGCUCGCCGAGCAUUGUAUCUAUCUCGCCGCCUCUGACUACUGCGAAUACAAGUCACGUACAGGCCACGAAUAUACCGAAACAUAAUCACAACCUGGCUCAAGGUCCUGCAACGGGAACAGCGACUUCAGUGGCACCCACAGGUCCGCCCACAGAGUUUACUUAUAUUCCAGUUUCUGGCGUUAUAUCUCGUCCUCAUCCACCGCACCAAAAUCACUCUUCGAACCAAAAUCAGAUACGAAAUCAGAGUACGGACACCUCUCAAAAUCCAAAUACAAGUUCCGGUAUACCACACGUACCACCAGGACCUAGUUCUGUCGUUCAUAACACUCCACAUUCCUCCCAUGGUCCCCCGCCAGCAACCGCUCCGGCUGUGUUAGUAGGACCGGCUAGUGGUAGUUCAGGAUCAGGCUCCGGAAAACACCUCGUAGGAAGUUCGGGUUCGUCAAACUCGUUCAACGGUUUCCAAAAUGCAAUGAACAUAGGUUAUUUCACGCAACAUAGGCGAGCAUCAGGAUCUGCACUCGGCUCGCACAUUAUCCAUAACGGUCUCACGGCUUCACCGCAAAGCGUAAACAUCUCACCGGUAUCUUUGCAUCGUGUUCCAGCCUCCGUCGGCGGACCCAAUUUCCCAGGUUUGGGUCCUUCGGAAGGAUAUGCCGCAAGAUCUUCUGCGAAUAAUGAGCAUGCGACACAUCCUCAUAUGUCUCCUCGUCAAACACAUCGUGCACAUCCCGCUCCUACUUCCAGUGCACAAUCGCAACAUGCUCUCCCCACGCCUUCAAUACCAUUUGUACCCACCCCCCCUCUCACGACUGCUCAACUCUCACAAGGACUCCAUUUGAUACCAUCGUACCCUUCUCACCCAGCUCAUCCGACGUCGUCAAACUCUGCCUCUACCGCCGCCACUGCCCAAACUGCCACACAGGCUAUUCUUUCUACCACUCAGCGCACUCUGGAGCAUACCUGGAACACCAUCCUCACCUCUGUUGAUUCGGAGGUCGCAAAACUGCACACAGCACAUGCAGGUCAAAUAAGGGUUUGGGCCGAUUAUGUUGACGGAGUGAGGAAAGAAAGCGAUGCGUACAAGUUGCGGAUGGAGAGCUUUCAGAGGGACGCUGACAGAAUUAGAAGGGAACGGGAAAUGUACCGACUAAAGUCCAGAGAUCUCGAAAAUCAGAUAGAUGAAUUGCGGAGAAGGGCAGAGAGCCAGAGACUACCAGAAGUGCCUGAACCUGUAGCUCAUUCACAAAUAGAGCUUCAGGAGGGCAGGAGGAAAUAUGAGGAUCAGGAGGAUGGGAGUCACGAUACGGAACAGACGUCGAAUGAUCUCAUCGACCGACUUCGGAGGGAGCGUGAUGACCUCAAGAUGCAGGUCGCAGGUCUAGCUACUGGCUCGCAUCCGCAAAAUCAUUCACGAUCUCACUCAGAGCAUCUACAAAAGCUCCAGAACGAACACCUGUCUUUGAGUGCAUCAUACAACACCCUUCUCAAUGCACAUUCUCAGCUUCAAGCCACCCAUACAUCUCUCCUCGCUACCCAUAAUCAUCUUCAAAUCACGCACACUGAACUCCGUUCCACAUAUGACUCUUGUCAAACAACGUACACUGCUCUUCGACGGGAAUUUGAGGACUUGCUCGAACGAGAAGAAAAGGCAAGAAUCAAAUUGGGUAUUGCGGAAGAAUCCUUGAAGGGCGAGAGAGAGAGAGCGUUUGAGCUUGACGAGGCGAGGAAGAGGGAGAAGAAAGGGAGGAAGGAGAGGGAGAAGGAGGUUGAAGAGCUUCGGGGAAAGGUGUAUGACCUGGAGAGACAUUCAACGAACGGUGUGCGCAAAGAGACUCCGGACACAUUUAAAGAGACAGGACCGGAAGAGAAUAGGACGGACUCAGGACAAUCUCAGCACGAGUUUCAGAUCGCUACUCCCAUCCGGCCGCCAUCGCCCCAACUACGGCGCUCUCCUCAUCGUCAGGACGUUGUGAACUUCGAUGCUGAUGAUAGUGUUUUGCCAAUAUCCCCUCCACCAACGGGUCCUUCGAUGCCCUCCCCGCAACCAUUCUCGCCUCCUGUACGCCCUACAUUGCCUACAUCUCCACCACGGCGUGUGGAUCAUCCCGUUGCCAGUACAAGUCGACAAUUUCCUGAAACUCGUAAUGAUCCUCAGAAUGAAUGUCAAGAUCGUCGAUCUAGGUCGGUCAUGUCUGCGGAGGACCUUUCUGGAUCACUUCAUCGUGAACCAGAAUCUGGACAUGACCGUUCAGCCUAUCUGAGGCCGUCGUCCAAUGCUCCGUCUGUGGUGAUGUGCCCAACGGGUUCAAAGGUACCAUCGCUAGCAGGUUCAAAAGCUUCGUCUCCCAUCAGAGAUGAAUCGGAAAUCGUGAAUUCUUUUACCAAAACUCCAUCUCCAUUACUACUUCCUGUUGAGCCGGUGACGCUCGUCAUGACACCGAUGGCGCGAAAAGAGAGCCGUUCUCCUUUCACUGAGUACAGACCUUUACCAAGGUCUGAUACACAGGAGUGGCAACAAGAUUCGGAUGUUUACAGGCCUCUUUCAACGCCCGAUAACCCAUACCAAAAGACCGACUUUUUGCGACAGGAUCUCAAUUCGCCUACUAGUGCGAGGGGUCCGAGCCUGGGGUAUGGUAACGAAGAAAAAGCCCCCGAAUCUAUACUUCAAGUUCCUACCUCCCGUUCACGACCUGCGUCCACGUCAUAUUCGCAGGCUCCUUCCAGACCACAAUCUGCGGCAGAAUCUCCUCGCCCGUCGUCACCUUCAGUUCUGCUAAAUAGUGGCCUUUCUACUGUCGCGCAAGGGCACGAUGGCUCUCAAAAGAUAACCACGACAGGAAGAUCUAGUAGAAGUGUCCCUCGGUUGGACAUGGGUGUUCUUGACCAAAAUCCGGCUACCAAUACAAAAUCCAUCAGUAAUCCCGAUUCGGGAAAUCCGAUGUCGACUUCACCGGUGGUCACUCUAUCUCCCUCGUCGAAUUCAUCGCUUUUGCAUAAUCAGUGGAAGCAAUUGAAAACAGAGGCGGCAACUAGGGAGAUAGGCGUGAUAAAGGAGGGUCAAGAUCGCCAAGAAAUGACCAAAGUAGAUCUAAGUGACGAAGUCGAGGAGGGCGAAGAACGAGAAAGCGCCAGAAUUGUAGAAAACCCUCAGCGACCAGAUUCAAUUCAUAGGCUCUUGUCGCCUUCCCCCUUCGCCAUCACACCGUAUGGCAAUAAUAGUCACCAUGAUCAGCGCCAAAGGGGCUCCGUUCACGUUCAUCCCGAUUCGUCAUCGUCAUCGUCUCGCCCUUGGCUUGCAACUUCGGUCGAGCACCGGAGAACAUACGCUAGCUCUCCUAAUAGUUCGCCGCGUCUCCAUGGCACUCAUAUCACGCCCUACGAUUCUGGAAUUGCAAACGGUUAUUUAAGCAGAAAUAGUAUUAAUCAUCUGAAACGGAAAGGUAAUGGCAACGAUGAGCGCGAUCUCUCCUCAUCGGCAUCGGAACAUCUCUAUCCACGGGAUAUUGACCAUUCACAUCCACAACCACACAAGCUGGUGAAGGUGAUGAGGGAUGGACAAGUCGUGGCUUCGCCUGUGGAUUUUGACAGUCGUAAUGGGAUGUUUGUAGAACGGCGGAGGGACGGACGCAUGGAGAGAUAUGGCGAGCUCUCCUAUCCCCAAUUGCAUACCCCUUCCUAUGCUUAUCCAUCUGUGAAAACUCAAGGGAGUACUUCUCAUAUGAACGGCAUGCAUAGAUUAUCUCAACGAUCAACUACACCACCUCAAUCAGCCAUUCCGAUGUCUAUUUCACCCGUGUCACCGUCAUCUCCCGUCGCGCCGGCGCCUCUUUCUCAACCGAACCCUAAGUCAACGGUGGAACAGAGCCAUCAAGGUCAUCAUUCUACCGCUCCUCCAACUGAUUCACACGAAAACCUUGAUACCCCCACCAACGCAAAACCCAGUUCAAAACGUAUUCUCAUCACCCCUUCUCAUGCACAUCCCGUACAACCUUACCCUGGUCUUCCUAUGAAACCUGUUGACUCUGCCAUACAACUUCACCCAGGACUGCCUAAGAAACCUUUCUUCGAACCUGUUGAUACUUCUAAACAACGCACAAACGAAAAGGCUCGUUCUGACGGAUGGAGGAAUGCUUCCAACUCGUAUCCUGGACGCUCUGGAUCGGACGGCUGGUAUACAAGCACUAUAGACACAAAUGGUAGUGGGACUUGGAAGUCCUGGGCUACUGCUCCCCCGAUCAGCAAUGGCCAUGGUCAGGAUCAAACUGAUCAGAACACCUCUGGCCCGGGUGUUGCGCCUAUAAAGCAGCUAUCGUUUAAACAUAUCGAUCUGUUAUAUGAAACCAUUGGAGGAGAAUACGUUUGUCGCGAAUGCCGGGCAUCCUCCGCCACCAACCUGACUAAGCCGAAAUCAUUUCCAACUUCUUCUCCCUCCUUUACCGAGAUUUUCGCCCACUAUUCCGAAUCACAUAAAGCGAGAGAAGAAGAGGUGCUCAAAUAUAGCGCGGUGAAACUGCAGGAACAGCUGCUAUUAAAACGUGGCAACAGUUUACAGCUUAAUACUGGGCGAGGAGGAGGUGGCAAAAGGAAGGUCGGAGGAAAAAAGGGGUCUAAGUGAGGAUUUGUUUUACGUUCACUGUUCUCGCGGCUGUUUCUCCGGAUACUUGUAUUUCUCUUAUCUGUCUCUUCAUCUGUGUGUAUCUCAUACAUUCUUUUCGGUUUCGCGUUAGUCUUGAGCUUCGAUCGUGCUUUCUGUUUCUUUGUUUGUUUUUCCGUGAAUUUCUCACUGGAACCAUCUACCUAGAUGAUUGCGACUCUUCAUAAUAAUAGUGCCUCUAUACGAUGCUCAUGUCUUUCUAUCCUCUAUGUUCUUUACGCAUUGCACCUCUACUAUGUUAUUACGAUACUAUAUUGGGUUCUCCUGCUUACAGAAUGUACUAUCUCUCCUUGUCCUGGUACCACAUUUAUCAUGUACUGUCUGUCAUACUUAUCUAUUACUUAGUACAUACUCAUCUACUAUAUGUACUCUACAGAUUUGAUCAUUGCCUUUU